AUGAGCUUGUCGGAACUCGCGAACAGCCCGAUCCUUGAGCUUGUCUCUGAAACCUAUGCCGCUGCCUUUGUUAGCAUCCAUACGUUCACCGCGGGAGUUGGUCUUGGGAUUUUAAGUAGUAUUGAGCCGCUCACGCCGCAGGCUCAAGAAGCCAAAGUUGGGCUGCAUCGACUUAUGGACAUUCAAGCGAAAUUGAAAACUCGGUCCCUACUAGCCACGCAGGGCCUGGAUAUUCUUCAGCGGCUGACGAAACUCGUCCUGGACAAAGAGUUAAGCACGAUGCCUGAUGUCUCAAAGCCCAUACAACGGCCAGAGCGACAAAGCGAAGUAGAUGUCGAUCCGAGUGCCGUUCAGAUAGGUACUCUUCCUCCGAAGCCAUCUUCGAACAGCCAGUGUACGAGGCCGCCUCACGAUGCUGCUGGGGCUGUCAUACCGACGGACCGACAAUUGACCGCGUCUAAUUCCCACGACACUCAAGAAACAGAGGCCCGGAUAGAGAUGCCUGAACCUAUCGGUUUGGGCAACUUUUCGCAUCUUCAGUAUGUGGAGGACGCUUCUGUGUCGGAGGCGCUCUAUGAUUUCGACCAAGUGCUUUCAACAUAUGUUAACAGUUCUUGGGUUGAUCCUGACCCAUUGGUCACUGAUACGUCACCCGACCGGACAUUACACGAUGAAGGAUUUUCAAUGGUGGAACAAACGUGGAUCUGGGGACCGGAUACCCUACCAUUUCAUGAUUGA